AUGGAGGAGAAGCCAGUUUCCAUAUUGAGGCAACAGUCAGUCUUGCAGCAGCAAGCAGAAUUGAGGUUGAAGAUGUGGCUUUUUAUUAUCGUAGUAUGUUUAACUCAAGGAACAUUCAGUUCAGAAAAGUUCACUUCAGCAGAACCUCUGGAGAGAUAUACUGUGGAUCCUGAGUGUUUUUUAAAUGUUAGUGAAAUUAUCAGUUAUCAUGGUUAUCCAAGUGAGGAACAUCACAUUGAGACAGAAGAUAAAUAUAUCCUUACAGUUAAUAGAAUACCUCACGGAAAAUACAAUGGUGGAGACAAAGGUCCCAGGCCUAUUGUGUUUUUGCAACAUGCUGCACUUGGAGAUGCUACCCACUGGCUUUCAGACUUGCCCAACAAUAGCUUUGGCUUCAUAUUAGCAGAUGCUGGCUAUGAUGUUUGGUUAGGAAACAGCAGAGGGAACACCUGGUCUUCACGUCACAAGACACUUAAAACAACUGAGCAGAAAUUCUGGGAGUUUAGUUUUCAUGAGAUGGGAUACUAUGACAUUCCAGCAGUAAUACACUACAUACUGAAUGAAACGGGGCAAGAACACCUUUAUUAUGUGGGCCAUUCAGAAGGUUCUGCAAUUGGUCUCGUAGCAUUCUCUACUUGGCCAAAACUGGCUGAAAAAAUCAAAUUAUUCUUUGCCUUGGGACCUGUAAGCACAAUUACAUUUACAAAAACACCUGCUAUAAAACUUGGAUAUCUUCCUAAAAUAAUGCUUCAAGUUAUAUUUGGCACAAAACGAAUGUUUUACACUCCAUCUCAUCUGAAAGAACUAUUUGUUAAACUAUGUAAUCAUCAGCCUGGAUUCUGUGCCAGAGCACUGUCUUUUAUAAGUGGAUAUAAUAUCCCCAACUUGAACAUGGGCCGACUAGAUAUGUAUGUAGCACAUUCUCCUGCUGGAACAUCUUUCCAAAACUCUCUUCAUUGGCGCCAGGUGUUCUUUGAAAAAGAAUUCAAGGCAUAUGACUUCGGCUCCCAGAAAAAGAAUAUGCAGAAGUAUAAUCAGACAACUCCUCCUGUAUACAAGAUAGAAGAUAUAAAAAUACCAAUUGAACUCUGGACUGGUGGAAAUGACUUGAUGAUUAAUUCAAAAGAUAUAGCUUUGUUAUGCUCUCGAAUUAGUAAUCUUGUGUCUAAACAUCAUAUUCCUGAAUGGCAGCAUCUAGACUUCAUCUGGGGACUUGAUGCCACUGAGCGCAUGUACAUGAAGAUCAUUGAGACAAUGAAAAGAUAUGCAUAAUCUAAAUCAGAGCUGCUUGUAGAUCUUGGUCAAUCAGCACAUAAAAGCUGACAUUCCCAAUACAGUAUAGUAUUUGUAACACCAGUCAGCUGAGGUUUGACGCAACUGAGCAUAUGUAUGUGCCUUCCACUAAAAUGAUGAACUAUCCAUAAUCCCACUAUGUAGCUCUGAGGUCUUCAUGCAACUGAGCAUAUGUCCAGUCCACAAAGUAUCCAUAAUCUCACAAGGGGCUACUUUCUUGAUGACGUUGGAGAUUACUGAAAUGAUGAAAAAAUGCCACCAAACACUUCUUUUAAAAGUGAAACUACUAAUC